AUGACCUCUUCUGUCAAAGCUGAAGGCACAUGGACAACUCAGGAAGAUAUUGUGUUGUGUCAGUGUUGGGUGAAAGUUAGUCAUUGCCCUGUCACGGGCAAUGAGAUGAAGUUCACUCAUAUGUGGAGCAAAAUUCAUGGAGAAUUUUGUGAAAGAUCGGGUUUGAUUCGGACCGAAAUGGCCUUGUCUAGUAGAUGGAAAAUUAUGAAUAGAGAGUUAGGGAAAUGA